AUGUCUUCCAGAACCCGUCCCAUUCGCAUAGCCGGCGCCUCCGGCUCGGCUUCCGACCGCCGUCAUGCAAUGGCAACCUUCGCCCGGAACCACCCACAGGACCCCAUCGACGUCAUCAUCUCCGACUACAUGAGCGAAUACAACAUGGCCACUGCAGCGGGUAAACGUGUGGAUGGUGGCGGUGAUAGCAAAAUACCCGCAUACGAUCCGUCGUUUCUCGGGGCACUAGAGCCAGCACUGGAAGAUCUAGCCCGGUACGGCAUUAAAGUCGCUGUCAACGCCGGCGUGGCGGAUACACCGGCGCUGUAUGAAGUUGUCGAAGGGUUAGUUAGGAAGAAGGGGUUGGCGUUGAAGGUAGCGUGGAUAUCCGGCGACGAAGUUCUCCCCACCAUCCGAAAAUCCCUUGCGUCUGGCUCCUCCCCUUUUAAAAGUAUAUACACUGGCGAGUUGCUCGCGGAUUGGUCUUUUGAACCAAUAUACGCACAAGCAUACCUGGGUGGCCUGGGCAUCGCUGCAGCUUUGGCCAACGGUGCAGACAUUGUCAUAUGCGGCCGCGUAUCUGACGCUUCACCGGUUAUCGGCGCGGCAUACUGGUGGCAUAACUGGGGACGGCAUGAGUUGGAUAAAUUGGCCAAUGCAUUUGUAGCUGGCCAUCUGAUCGAGUGUAGCAACUAUGUCUGCGGUGGAAAUUUUACAGGGUUCAAGUCGCUUGAGAAUGCUGCUGGAGAUGGCUGGUCUAACAUCGGUUAUCCAAUCGCGGAAAUCUCAGCUGGUGGGGAAGUCGUUAUAACAAAACAAUCUGAUUCUAGUGGGGGAGCCGUGACCGUUGAUACCUGCUCGUCACAGCUGCUAUAUGAGAUCCAGGGGCCUUGGUAUUUCAACUCAGACGUCACCGCAAUUCUGGACGGCGUGUACUUCGAACAGCUGGGAACGAACCGUGUCGCCUUGCACGGUGUCAAAUCUGCGCUGCCACCACCAACAACAAAGGUAGGCCUAACUGCGCGGUGUGGGUAUCAGGCCCAAGUAUCCUAUUUCAUGGUCGGUCUCGACAUCCCCGCAAAAGCGCGCAUGCUGGAAGCACAGAUCCGCCGUCUUCUCGCGCCGCACUCGAAGAACUUCACCGUGCUCGAUUUCACGGUCCUAGGUAGAGCGCCGGAUGAUCCGAAAGACCAGAACAGCGCGACAGCGACUAUGCGCAUACUCGCCCAGGCGCGGGAAGAAGAUCACUUGGCCCCGCCCAGGUUCCUAAAGCUUCUCUUAGACAAUAUCAUGCAGGGUUACCCGGGAGCCACCUUCGAUUUGGACGUGCGUCAGGGCUUCCCAAAACCCGUGUUUGAAUACUAUGUCACGCUUAUCCCGCAAACGGACGUGCAGCAUCAAGCACACCUCCCCUGGCUCAAUAAAACCAUCGACAUAGCGCCCCCGCCCGAAUCAAAGGUCUGGCCCUACCCGCAACCUUCGCAACCCACAACAGCCAGCCCAGCCAAUCUUUCAACAGAUUUUGGACCGACCACACGUGGUCCACUGGGCUGGAUUGCGCACGCUCGCUCUGGUGACAAGGGUUCCGACGCGAACUGCGGCUUCUGGGUGCGGCACCAAGAUGAGUAUGAGUGGCUACGGACGCUGCUGUCGACAGAGAAGGCUAAGGAACUGCUGGGAGGAGAGUGGCGGGAGGACCGGACGAUGAGCAUUGAACGUCUCGAGCUGCCUGCGAUGCGCGGGGUUCAUUUCUUGUUCCGCAACUUGUUGGAUCGCGGGGUUGCGGUGACGAAGACGGUGGACUUUUUGGGAAAGAAUGUUGCGGAGUAUUUGCGGGCGAGGUGGGUGGAUAUUCCUGUGAAGUUUUUGGCGAGGGGAAAGUUGUGA